AUGGCGGACGCGCUGCUGUUCGAGUUUCUGCUCACGGAGAUGGUGGCGGAGCUGUGGCCUCAAGACCCCGACCCGGCCCGGGGAGGAAGGAAGAUGAACCUGUCUGUCCUAGAGGGCAUGGGCUGCCACGUGGGCCAGGCUCUGGGUGAGAGGCUGCCCCAGGAGAUGCUGGCCUUCAGGGAGGAGCUGGAUGCCCUCAAGUUCCUGUGCAAAGACCUGUGGGUAGCUGUGUUCCAAAAGCAGAUGGACAGCCUCUGCCCCAGUCACCAGUGGUCUCUUUCCAUGGCCUCCGGCCUGCAGUAUCUGGAUGAGGCACCCAAGUUCCUGGCUUUCACCUGCGGCGGCCCGCGUGGCACCCUUAGUACCCUGGGCAUUGAGAGCUUGGUCACUGCCUCUGUGGCAGCUCUGUGUGCCUGUAAGUUCCAGGCAGUGAUCCAGAAAUCCCAAGGACCCCUAGGCCACCCCCAGCUGAGCCUCACAACUGCCUCUGGCCCUCACCCCCUUCAAGUUAACAGCAGAUGCUUUGGCCCAGAGACCCUGGCCACUGCGUUUGGGGGUGGACUUAGGGCUCGUGCUGGGCAUCGCAUGCUCAAGAAGUGGGUAUGAAAGAGUUGGGGGGCAUCACGGGAGGCAAAGUGGUCCCUACUACAGUUGGGACUGGUGUGAAGGGAUUCCCUGCAUCGGACACAUCACUCUGCACGGCAGGUGCUCAAUACAGGUUCUGUGUGUGGAAUAAGGUUCAAAGUGGAAGGGGGGGCAUCUAUAGAGCGACUGCCACAGGCCCUGCAUAUGAGCAGAGCACCCCCUGUGGCUCCCCCACCCCAGAACCUUCCCUUCAGGGCCCCCCACCACCUCCAUCCUGUAGCCUGAGCCCUCGAGCUUGCUGCCUUCGUCCCUCCACACCUGGCAGGGGGAGGGGUGGGCCUGGAGCUGCCAGGGCUGAGGACGGAUGGGGAAAAGGGGUGGGGUAGGGGCUGGACACCCUCAUCUCUUCCCCACCACACACACGCAAACACACUUCACAUGCCUGGGAAAUAGGAGUCACGGCCAGAGCCUCUCUGCCCUCACCCUGCCCACCCCCAUUUGCAUUUGUAGCAUCAGGGAGCAUCACACACCUGGACUUGUGCCUGGGCUCUGCCACCCCGCGGCCUAAUGAGGGUAAGUACUCUGGCCUCAGAACUGUCAGCCAAGUCUGGAGGUGAGAUCCUGACGGGAUGAGGAAGGGUCCUCUUGCUUAAGACACUCCCAGUGGGCAGGGUCUCCCCAGCCUCUGUAGAGUCUGGCUCAGACACCCCAUCUGGCCCUACCUUGGUUUGCCCCUUCCCAGCCCACCUGGCUGAGCUCCAUGCCCCCUGGCCUUCCUCUGUGCCUUUGCAUGUUCCCUGCCUGGCCCACUCCCAAACUCCUCCACUGUCAGUGCCCAGUGGCCACCUGGCCCCUGAGGGUGGUUAGUCACUCACCCUCUGUGCUCCCACAGUCCUGGACACCCUCAUCCUGCCCCGAGGUGUUUAGUUUACACUAGGACACGCUUCUCCUUGGGUCCUUUGGACCCUGCUCUGGGCGCUGGCACUCAGGAGCCCUGGGCACAUGUUUUCCAAGUGUAAAUGGAAGUUACUCAGCUAAACUGUGUGCUGGGACAGGGGGAGGGGGACUGGCAAGGAGGCUUACCACAGACUCACCCCACACGCACACACACCAGCCCUGCCUCCCUGAUGGGUCAGGGAGCUUCAGGAGGACAGAGGUGGAAGACUUCCCAGAAGAAUCAGCUUGAAGGACUGUGGAGAAGAGAGGGGGCACAGUUCCAGCAAUUGGUGGCACUGUUUGGUCACCCAGGCAGAACCCCUGUAGGGGACGCCCUGCAGGACUGGGUGGGUUCCCACUAUUUUGUCCUGUAUCCAUUUGUCCCAGGCACUAUUCUGGGGUUCCCUUCCCCCGUCUCAUCAUCUCAUCUCUCAUCUCGUCAGACCACCCCGUCUCUCAGGGAAGCGACUGUCUACCCCAUA